AUGUGUCGGAAGCGUCGCCCAAAAUUCGAUUUGAAGCUGUUGCAAACAGUCUUGUUGAUUGCUUUAUGUUUAGAUAACAUUCGCUUACGUCUACAUGAUUGUCACUGUAAUAAGUCAUCUUCAUCCUCUAGUGUUCCUGUACGAAUCGUAGAAAAGAAUCGAUUGAAACGUUUGUAUGCAAGCAACAGACGACUCAAACAGGAAGUAGCAAAUUGCAAUAUAAAAACGGAAGUUCUAGAAAGGAAAUGUCUUCCGUUUUCUGUCGACAACAACGCGUGUCCAUUUGGAAGAGUUCAUGUUGUGUUGUGGAGGGUGCAGAGAAAUGUUGAGCAAUUGUGGAAUUUCCUACGUCAUAAAUUGAAAGAAUUUUCAUACGUAAUUACCUAUACCCGUGGGUGGUAUCAAGAAACUGUAACUGAUUUAUCUAACUUGUUUGAAGUGCUGCUCGAAUGGAAAAAGCAAGAAGCGAACAGAUUAUCACAAGUUGUACAAAAUCGAUUCCAAUUGCUGCAGAAUCCUGGUGACUGCAGCCAAGCGAGACGGUUGAUAUGUGAUGUAACGAAAGCUUGUGGAUUGGGAUGUCAGAUGCAUCAUCUUGUCUUCUGCUUUAUGGUUGCUUAUCGAGACAAUCGAACUGUAAUUGUUGACUCAUACAAAUGGCAAUAUGCGCCAUACAGAGGCAGCUGGGAAACUGUCUUUCAGCCCAUUAGUAAUUCUAUUUCGUGUAGAACAUUCAGUUCAAUAGACAUGAAGUGGUGGGAGAAGGAAGACAGUGACGACCUACUAGUGAAAUUACCGGUAGCAGAAAGCUUGGACAAACAGCCGCCAUUUAUUCCACUGGCAGUUCCCAAAGAUCUUGCUGCUCAUAUCAGUUGCUUCCAUACACAGCCAUCAUUGUGGUGGAUUGGACAAAUUGUGAGCUUUCUACUGAGGCCCAGUGUCGAUAUGCAGCAAGUAAUUGAUGAAUUUGCAAAGUCAAUAGGAUUUAGUAAACCAAUAGUGGGAGUUCAUGUCAGACGAACAGACAAAGUAGGAUGGGAAUCCGAGUUACACAGUCUCAACCAAUACAUGGAAGUCGUUGAAAGCUAUUACGAAUUAUUGGAGAAAAGGCAACAAAUAAGUAAACGAAGCAUCUAUUUGGCAACUGAUGAUGACCUCGUCAUUACUGAAAUGAAGCACAGGUAUCCGGGUUACAACAUUCUCAGCAAUAAAGAAGGGGCAGUUGCAGCAAGGCAACAACGAUACUCACAGACAUCACUAAAUGGAAUUAUUACAGAUAUACUGCUGCUGUCUCAGACCGACUACCUUGUCUGUACUUUCUCAUCACAGGUUUGUAGACUGGCAUAUGAACUUAUGCAAUCGUACCAUCCAGAUGCAUCUCAGAAUGCUCAUAGUCUUGAUGAAAUGUAUUACUUUGGUGGACAAAGGCCUCGGCUUCAACGAGCUAUUGCUCGGCAUACACCGGCUGACGAAUCUGAAUUAGAACUGAUUGUUGGUGAUUUGAUCAGUGUGAGAGACAAUAAACAUGGCUUCUUUCUAGGAAUGUCUAUGAGAACCAACAAGUAUGGCCGAUACCCUCCAUACAAGGUCGAAGACAUUGUAGAUGAAGUAAAAUGUCCAACCUUUGUUCAUUGAUAGCCAAUUCUGCUAGUC